AUGGAAUAAGUAAAAAAUACGCGGGGAAACUCGAAAGACCUCGCUGAGGGUACCGCAUCUAAGAAGAAAAGUCAGCCUGCUCUAACUCAGUUUUUCAAAAAAUAACCUAUCAAUGGAACUCAUGAAAAGCAAGAUGCCAAUCACAACUAGAAAGCAAAUGGUGAGAAUGGAGUUGAUCAAGUCCAACAAAUGCAGACUAGGUAAUCAGCAUCUCAAUAGCAAAACAGAGAGAGUCAAUCUAAUGGAAGAUCUUUGUCUUAGCAUGCUGUUUCCCACUAGAAUGGUGAUGCAAACUCAAACCUUCAAACUCCCAAGAAGAAAGCCCUAGAAUCUCCCAAGAAGCGCGGAGCUCAACAAGAUCAAUAAGAUUCUGCAAACUUACUUGAGAUCUAACAACUUGUAGACAAGAAAGUAAGGCAGUCAGAAGCAAACUCUCAAGCUUAUCUAUCCUAAGGAAAUCUUGAAGAUUCAAACAUGAAGAGGAGUUUGAGACCAAGAAAGGUGGAAAACUACAAGCAAAUGCUGGAGGGUGAUGAAGCCACUAUCAAGACUAUCUAAGAUGAAUAAAUUGAGUUGAGAAAGAAAAAGCAUGAGAUCUUUGAGGAGGAAGAAGAUGAGUUAAUGGAUGAUGCUCAAAUUGAAAGGGCUAGCGAUGAUGAAGAAGAUGACUAUCCAAUCAAUAAGAGAAGUGCUAGAAAAAGAACAAAGAGAUCAAUCAAGGAUGACGAAGAUGCUGAAGAUUUGGAAGAUGAUGAGGAGAGUUCAGAAGAGGAAGCACUUGAAGAUCUUGACAAUGAAUCAUUUGUUGAAGACAAAAAGAGAAAGAACAAAGAGAAGGCCAAGAGUUCGGUUCGUUCUUAGAAAAAAAGAAAGACUGAAAUAAGUGCUGUGGAAGGUAAAGACAUUGAAGCAGAUGAAGAGGAGACAGUCUUCAUUGACAACUUGCCCAAUGAUGAGUUUGAAAUUCGCAGAAUGCUAAAAGAGGUCAAGAGACACAUCAAAGCACUUGAGAAGCAGUUCUUUGAGGAAGAAGACUCUGAAAAGGAAGAGGAGCUUAAACAGAUCAACAACAACAGCAAGCACGAGGAAGCGCUUGAAGCUUUUAAGGAGACUAGCCAUCUAAAGCAGUUCUGGUGUAUCCCACUCUCAGUCAAUGUUAAGUCAUUCGAUUUCGAUCUUCUUGCUAAAUCUUAACUAAAACAAUCAGGAAGACUCUUUGAUGUAAUUACCAUUGACCCACCUUGGUAACUCUCAUCAGCAAACCCAACUAGAGGCGUCGCUAUCGCCUAUGAUACACUCAAUGACAGAGAGAUCUUGAGCAUGCCUUUUGAAAAGUUGUAAACUGAUGGCUUCUUAUUUAUCUGGGUUAUUAAUGCCAAAUACAGAUUCGCACUUCAGAUGAUGGAGGAAUUCGGCUACAAACUAGUUGAUGAGAUUGCAUGGGUAAAGUAAACAGUAAAUGGCAAGAUCGCUAAAGGUCAUGGCUACUAUUUGCAGCAUGCAAAAGAAACAUGCUUGGUUGGUGUAAAGGGAAAUGUGAAAGGAAAGGCCAGAUUCAACAUCGAGAGUGAUGUAAUAUUCAGUCAAAGAAGAGGAUAGUCACAGAAACCUGAGGAAAUAUAUGAAAUUGCUGAGGCUCUAGUACCUAACGGGUAUUACUUAGAGAUCUUCGGCAGAAGAAACAAUCUGCACAAUGGCUGGGUUACCAUUGGAAAUGAACUUUGA